CUGGAGGAACAUCAACCAUCAUUAUAAGUUCAUCACCAACCCCUGGACCACUUCAAGGACAUCAGGACGCGUUUCAAUCGAGAACCAUCCUCUGGAGGAACAUCAACCAUCAUUAUAAGUUCAUCACCAACCCCUGGACCACUUCAAGGACAUCAGGACGCGUUUCAAUCGAGAAUCAUCCACUGGAGGAACAUCAACCAUCAUCAGAAGUUCAUCACCAACCCUUGGACCACUUCAAGGACAUAAGGAUGCGUUUCAAUCGAGAAUCAUCCUCUGGAGGAACAUCAACCAUUAUCAUAAGUUCAUCGCCAACCCUCGGACCCCACUUCAAGGACAUCAGGACGCAUUUCAAUCGAGAAUCAUCCACUGGAGGAACAUCAACCAUCAUCAGAAGUUCAUCACCAACCCUUGGACCACUUCAAGGACAUAAGGAUGCGUUUCAAUCGAGAACCAUCCUCUGGAGGAACAUCAACCAUCAUUAUAAGUUCAUCACCAACCCCUGGACCACUUCAAGGACAUCAGGACGCGUUUCAAUCGAGGUAAGCUUUAAAUUACUGGUUUUUUAAGUAUUUACUUUCUUU